UCCCUUCCCUGUCCCUCCACUCGACUCCCUCCUGUCCCUAUUCGCAGCUUUUCAGAAACAAAAAAAAAAACGCCAUAAUACUUAAUAGUUAAUACAUACAGUACAGAGAACAAAAGAGAAAGAAAGACGAACAAAUCUCCUGCCUUCCCUCCACUUCUCUCUUUCAGAGCUCACCUCCAAAUCCCUCCCCAAUCUCUGAUUCCGCCUUUUUCUUUCCACAUCCCGUGGAAGUUUCUCUGCAACUGUAAACUGAUCUAGGAAGAGAGGAAAAACAGGCGACAAUGUGGGGGAUCGUCGGACAAAGAGUUUUCCGCCAUGGCUCCUCCGCUAUGUCACUGCAGGGGACUCGCCCUGCAAUUCUCGCGUCAAGGAGCUUCUCCUCCGCAGCUAAAGAGAUGACUGUAAGGGAUGCUCUCAAUUCUGCCAUUGAUGAAGAAAUGUCUGCGGAUCCCAAAGUCUUUUUGAUGGGGGAGGAGGUUGGAGAAUAUCAAGGUGCAUACAAGAUCACCAAAGGCCUCUUGGAGAAGUAUGGUCCUGACAGAGUUCUUGAUACUCCAAUCACCGAGGCUGGUUUUACUGGUAUUGGAGUUGGCGCAGCUUAUCAUGGGCUUAAGCCCAUUAUAGAGUUCAUGACAUUCAACUUCUCCAUGCAGGCUAUAGAUCAUAUCAUCAAUUCUGCUGCAAAAUCAAACUACAUGUCUGCUGGGCAGAUUUCUGUCCCUAUAGUCUUCAGGGGCCCAAAUGGUGCUGCUGCUGGAGUGGGUGCUCAGCAUUCACAGUGUUAUGCAUCAUGGUUUGCUUCCUGUCCUGGCCUGAAAGUCCUUGCUCCAUAUUCAUCAGAAGAUGCCCGUGGCCUAAUGAAGGCUGCUAUUAGAGAUCCAGAUCCAGUUGUCUUCCUAGAGAAUGAGCUUUUGUACGGUGAGUCGUUUCCAGUCUCAGCUGAAGUUCUUGAUUCCAGUUUCAGUCUUCCCAUAGGCAAAGCUAAGAUUGAAAGGGAAGGCAAGGAUGUAACUAUUACUGCUUUCUCAAAGAUGGUCGGUUAUGCUCUCAAGGCUGCUGAAAUUCUUUCUAAAGAAGGGAUAAGCGCAGAGGUUAUUAAUCUGCGAUCUAUCCGUCCCCUUGAUAGAGCCACGAUCAACAACUCCGUCAGGAAAACUAACAGACUGGUUACUGUUGAAGAAGGCUUUCCUCAACAUGGAAUUGGUGCUGAAAUCUGUGCGUCAGUAGUUGAGGAUAGCUUUGAGUAUCUUGAUGCGGCCAUUGAGAGGAUUGCCGGAGCUGAUGUUCCCAUGCCAUACGCUGCAAACCUAGAGAGAUUGGCUGUCCCACAGGUUGAAGAUAUUGUCCGUGCUGCCAAGAGGACUUGCUAUCGAUCAUCCUCAUUGGCCGCAACAGCAUAGUCUGCUGCUGAAUCCAUUAUUAUUUUUUUACUUGUGUCUUUUUGGUUGAGAACAUGAAUGUUAUUUGUUUCCCAGUCUGCAUGGGCCAAAGUUUGUUGGGCGGCAAUCGCCAUGUAGAGUUGUAGACUGGCUGGACGACUACUGGCGUAGCAGAUCCACUCCAUAAUUAUCAAAAUCCUUCUCAUUUUCAAGUGCUCAAACUAAUACCCACUCCAUAAUUAUGCGGGAGAUUUUGCAACCUCAUCCCUAUAUUGCGGUUUUCGGGUACUUGUAAGAAUAUGUCUCGUAUAUCCAAUAUUAAUAUACCUAGAAUUCAACAUACAGUUUUUCAAUUACAACACUAACGGUAGAACUAAUCUCACAACAUCUUGAGCUUGUAAUAAUUGAGACAUCGUGUUUGGUUUGUCAGAAAUAACAACUUGAAACUAGCAGUGCGCAGAGUUACAAUUUAUACACAAACGCAACCGGUGCUUGUACAUUCUUCAUCAUGGACCUUCAACACCAGCAUACUUAUCAGAUAGGGGUACAAACCAAAUUGAACAAAUUAACAGAGACAAGCCGAUAGAUGUAAAUUUAACCCUAAGGAAUCCCCCCUUUAUCUAUAUACCUACCUACGGCUUCCAAAAUUCUCCGACUUUCCUUUGAACAACAAAUCAAUUGAUAGCCCUAGCGUCGAACCAUUAAACGGACGAAUGAACUUCCUCGAUGGACCUAUCUGGGCACCACCAUCCUUGCUGUUUCUUCUCCUUGAAGGACCUCCUGAGCUCCCAAAACUUUUAGUAGACGUUGAUGAUGCGUUCGAAGUGAAGACCGAUGAGCUAAAAGGGGCCUUUCGGGACCCAUCAUCCAUCAUAUGGCGUCCUCCAACUUCUCCAUCCUGGUGUGGAGGUGGGAACUUUUCGCUUUUGCUCUUGGCGUUUGCUUGCGUCACAACCCUCCAUCUCUGCAAUUUAUCUCACAUACCACAGGUCAGAAUUGGAAGAUAGGAAACUGAGACGAACCAGCUGAGGGGAGGGGAAACUCUUUUUACAUACAUCUACGUUUGCUGGAAUCUCUGCAUUGGCCUCUGGGGCGGGGACAGCACGACCAGGCCGAUUUCGAAUUUUUCUGGCACCAUCUGCACCAUUAGCUUUUCCACCAAGACCCCUUUGCCUAAGCAGCCAAGCAUCAUCAUCAGCAUAUGCAGCAAACAAAAGUACCACAAUGAUAAUGGAAAGGAUUUACAGUCUGCUGCUAGCUAACCUUCUUGCUUCUUCAUCUC